AACCCCUCACCCGUCUGGCCGUCACCAUCACUUCACCAUCAUCCCAGAAUCAAAGCAAAGAAGAAUUUUUGAACUGGAACCUUGAUAUUCCGAUUAUCAUUAUUGAAAACCCUCUGGACUAGUCUGGACUCAGGAGUAUUUUGGGCUUCGAACUUUGACUGAAUAUAAGAUUGACAAGAACCAAAAAAUAUGUAUUGUAUAAAAACAUUUACAGCCAAUGGCAAGCAAUUACUGAUCAGAAAUUUCAAAAAGGAAUCAAUAUUAUGUGGCUUUUCCGUGAAAAAAUAUCAUUACCUGUACAAAACAUUUACAAAUAAUUAUGGGAAUAGCUCUUUUUUUCAAAUCAAACAAGUCACUAUAUGUAGUUGUUAUAUAAACAAAUCACUCUAUCUUGGCAAUCCCUACAGUCAAAUUGGAUUUGGUACAAAAACAGGAGAUGUUCAAAAUUCUAAAACUACUGAGCAGAAGCGAAGUGGAAUUUUGAGUGAAAUCAACAUUGAAUACAGUACCCAACAAAACACUACCAGUGGCCUCAAAAUAUUACCAAUUUCUAGUCCUGAGUCUAAUAAAAUUACACAGAUCUAUUAUGAUGAUAAUGAUGCAUCAAGAGAGGCCCAAAAGUUGUUUGUAAAUCCAAAGAACAUGUUGCACAAUAUUUUUUAUCUAGUAUCUAAAGAAAUUAACAAACCUUCUCUUCAUUUAACACCUUCAUACAGACAAAUCAAGGAUCAUAAAAAGAUGACUUGGAUAUGUAUCUAUAAGAUAGGAUGGCCAAAGGAAAUGAAAUUCAUGGCAAAAGAUGUUACCAAGAAAGUUGCAUCUGAAAAAGCAGCAUUAGCUGCUCUUACUUGGUUGAGACAAGAAAGAAAAAUCACAGACCAGGGGGCUCCACUGAUCUAUGAUAAAGAAGAAAUCAAGCAAAUAUCUAGGAAGACUUACCCAGUCAUAACUCUAGAUGAGAAAACUAUUGAAAAAAUGAAAAACAUCAUAGAGGUGCAUAAUACAAACAUGCUUCCAAUUAUUGAGAGCACUAGUUCAGAAAUUGGAGAGGGGAGCAUUCUUGGUGAAAAUUCAGUCCCCAAAGAAGAUGAAGAUAUGCAGUUAACACCUGUUAAAAAACAGAUAUUUUUAGGUUCUGAGCGCUACUCCUCAAAGGAGAAAGUUGAAUUACCAAUUGCAGCUUUUAAAAAUAAAAUCAAAGAACAUGUGGUUUCCCACCAAGUUCUGAUAAUUAAGGGCGAACCGGGAUGUGGCAAAAGUACCAGAGUCCCACAGUAUGUGCUGGAGGCAUGGGCGGAGGCUGAGGGCUUGCAAGGGGAGCCAGGAAGGGUGGUGGUGACGCAGCCAAGAAGGAUUGCUGCUAUAUCGUUAGCCGAAAGAGUUGCUUCAGAACGAGACGAGUUCGUUGGAGAUAUAGUGGGAUAUCAGGUCAGAUUGAAUUCGAAAUUUCGAUCAAAUACCGGCAGAAUUCUUUAUUGCACCACCGGUAUUCUCUUGAGGCAUCUGCAGUCUGAUUCGAAACUAUCCGGUUUCACGCAUAUCAUACUAGACGAAGCACAUGAACGUGACGUCAAUACUGAUCUGCUCAUGAAUUUGCUUAGAAGCGCCAUCAGAUCCAAUCCGAAAUUGAAGUUGAUUGUCAUGAGUGCCACGAUCGAUACUAAUAUGUUCAGCGAAUAUUACGACAAUGCUCCAGUACUUGAAAUUCCAGGAUUUACUUAUCCAGUUAAGCAGCAUUUUUUGGAUGACUGCGUAGAAAUCGACUUACUCAAAACAUUAAAAAUGUGCGAAGGAGAUGUUCCAUCGGUAAUACACGAAGAUGUUGUGAAUGUUCUGAAAUAUAUCCAAAAUUACAAAAAAGAGGGUGCUAUCCUUUGUUUCCUUCCUGGAUGGGAUGAUAUUAUCAAAAUCAAGAGAUUGAUUCCUGAAAGGAGAGAUUUAUCAGUACAUUGCUUACAUUCAAGAUUAGACGAUUAUGAGCAACGAAAAAUAUUCUCACGUCCACCACCUGGAGUAAGGAAGAUUAUUUUGGCAACUAAUAUUGCAGAAACGUCAGUAACUGUUGAUGAUGUUGUUUAUGUUGUCGAUACGGGGAUACACAAGGAUCAAAGAUUUGAUGUCGGAAAAGGUGUGAAAUGUAUAGACAACCAUUGGAUAUCCAAGGCGAGCGCCCACCAGAGGAAAGGUAGAGCGGGCAGGUGUCAACCCGGCGAAUGCUUCCACCUGUACCCCUCCUCAAAGUACGAAGCUUUCCAGGAGUACUCCCUACCUGAGAUGAUGCGCACUUCCCUAACCAAAAUCGUCCUCGACUCCAAAGUGUUCAGCAACAACAUGAACGCGUUGGAGUUCAUGGGAAAGCUGCCGACUCCCCCCGAAAAGAACGCCAUCAAGGCGGCAGUGGAAGAACUGACAGACUUGGCGUUACUGGACGAGGAGGAAAAGUUGACGAGUCUGGGAGAAACUUUAGCUGAUUUCCAGCUGGAGCCGAAGCUGGGAAAAGCCAUGGUCAACGCGGUAAUUUUCAAGUGCGUUACGCCCAUCGUGGAUAUCGUGACGCUGUUUUCUGCGGAUUCGGAGUUGUUCGUGUCUGGCUUGAUGGCCAAGGACGAAGCUAAGAGUGUCAAGACUCGGUUUUCGGGGAAUAGUGACCAUUUGGCCAUGAUGAGAUUGUUUGAGAAAUAUUUGGAGUAUAGCGCGGAUGGGGAUUUUGCAGGUGUGAGGCAGUUCUGCGAGUCCGCUAACCUGUUGUCCUAUAAGAUGGGUACUCUUGAAAAGUUGAGGAAUAUACAUUUUGACUACCUUCAUGAUGGUUUGAACAAUGUGAUACCCGUUUCUGAUGAUCACUCAGAUAAUGAUGAACUAGUAAAAGCAGUUCUUUAUUCUGGAGUAGGUAAUGUUCUACAACACCGUGAUUGGGAUAUUGUGAAAAAUAGAUUCAAGAAUAACACCAAUGUGUUAUUGACAAGGCAUAACCAAAAAGCUACCAUUGCCGCAGAAAGUGUGAAUUAUAAGAGAAAUAAGUUCCCAUCGGAUUAUCUAUUGUAUAUAAAUGAAACUAGAUCUAAUAUUAGGAGAACAACAAUAGUACGAGAAUGUAGUAUCAUUUCUAAAAUAUCUAUGUUAUUAUUUUCAAAUCAUAAUUUGAAAAUACAAGAGAUGAAGGAUGUUGUCGAUUCAGAAUCGGAAAACCAAAUACAGUUAGUACUAGAGGGUACUAAUAUUAAAUUGAUCUGUGAUAGAAUGCAUGCUGAGGAAAUUAUCAAGUGUAAACGUGCACUUAUGUCUAGUUACCGUUAUUUUGUUUCACAAUUAACAAAACCUGCAGAGAGAAAUGAAGCAGCCAGUAAAGCAUGGAAUGAUAUUCUGAACUUGGUGACUCAGAUUUUAAUUGAGAAUGGUGUGAAUGAUAGGCGAUAAUUUCCGUUGCCAAUGUAAUCACCAAAAGACAAUUAUUUUCCAUUGUUGUGAGAUAUUCAAAAGUAUUUUUUAUCCCAUACAAUAAUGAAAGAAACUGAUAUAAUUGAAUUUAUAUGUGUAUGAUAUGCCACCCUAAAUAUAAGGUAUAUCUUUACUCAAAUAUCAGUUACUUUUGCUCAAGCAGGUAGUAUACCUAUGUAUAUGCAUCAAAGUUUGUAUAUAAAAUGUUUGAAAAAUCUUU